UAUGACAAAGGAUGGAGAGUGAGAACAGAUUUUAAGCAAUAUCAAGUGUUGAAACAGAACCCAUUCUGGUGGACACAUCAGCAGCAUGAUGGGAAGCUUUGGAAUCUAAAUAACUACAGAACAGAUGUCAUCCAAGCACUUGGUGGUGUACAAGGCAUCUUGGAGCAUACUUUAUUUAAAGGGACUUACUUCCCCACUUGGGAGGGUCUGUUUUGGGAGAAGGCAUCAGGUUUCGAAGAGUCAAUGAAAUACAAGAAACUGAUAAAUGCACAGCGGUCUGGUCUCAAUCAAAUCCCCAAUCGAAGAUUUACCCUGUGGUGGUCACCAACCAUCAAUCGUGCAAAUGUCUAUGUUGGUUUCCAGGUCCAGCUAGAUCUUACGGGCAUAUUCAUGCAUGGUAAAAUCCCGACAUUGAAGAUUUCUCUGAUCUAGAUCUUCCGUGCACAUCUGUGGCAGAAGAUCCAUGAAAGUGUUGUUAUGGAUCUUUGCCAAGUUUUAGACUAGGAGUUGGAUGCACUUGAGAUUGAGACUGUGCAGAAGGAGACAAUACAUCCCAGGAAGAGUUACAAGAUGAACAGUUUCUGUGCUGAUAUCCUUCUCUUUGCUGCUCAUAGAUGGCAGAUGUCCAAACCAAGCUUAGUUUCUGAAUCGAAGGAUGUAUUUGAUCAGAAAGCAAGUAACAAGUAUUGGAUUGAUGUGCAACUGCGUUGGGGAGACUGUGAUUCACAUGACAUAGAACGUUAUACAAGAGCCAAGUUCAUGGAUUACACAACAGACAAUAUGUCCAUAUACCCAUCGCCAACUGGUGUGAUGAUUGGAAUCGAUCUAGCGUAUAAUUUGCACUCUGCUUUUGGCAACUGGUUUCCUGGAUCAAAGCCACUACUUCAGCAGGCAAUGAACAAGAUCAUGAAGUCAAAUCCUGCUCUGUAUGUCCUGACUCCUGAGGGAGAGAAUAAGGAAGGGUCUGCAGUUGUACUCUUCUGAACCCACUGAACCAUACCUGUCUUCACAGAACUAUGGAGAGAUAUUCAGCAAUCAAAUCAUAUGGUUCGUGGAUGAUACAAAUGUGUAUCGAGUCACUAUUCACAAAACAUUUGAGGGUAACUUGACCACCAAACCAAUUAAUGGUGCUAUUUUCAUUUUCAAUCCAAGAAC